AUGGGCAUUUUGAGUUAUGACAGGAGAGCUGAGCUAACAACGUUUGACGAAAUCAAAACCGGCGUGAAAGGACUUGUAGAUGCCGGAAUAACAGAAGUCCCACGGAUAUUCCUCCUACCUUCCCCUGAAAACUUAAACUCCAACCAAGAGCUUAGUCUUCCGACCAUCGACCUCAAAGGAAUCCAUGAAGAUCCUAUUCGGAGAAAGCAGGCGAUGGAAGAAGUGAAGGAUGCGUUGGGGAGUUGGGGGUUCUUUCAGAUGGUGAAUCAUGGAAUUCCAGUUGACGUGUUGGAGGAGAUGAAAAAAGGUGUUUUAGGGUUUUUUGAGCAGGAUAGUGAGGUGAAGAAGCAGUGGUACACGAGGGACCGCUUUGGGAGGAGGGUGGUGUAUAACAGCAACUUUGACUUGUACUCUGCACCGGUGGCUAACUGGCGAGACUCUUUCUUGUGCACCAUGUAUCCUGAUCCUCCUCACCCACAAGAGUUGCCAUCGCCAUGCAGGUUUUCAUUCUAA